CGGGGCCCCGGCGUGCGGCCAGCUGGCCGGGCGGGCGGCAUGAGGGAGCUUCGCGCCAGCCCAGCGCCCUAGCGGCGGCCGCGGCGGCCCAGGGCUGAGGCGAGAGGCGGCCGCCUGCCGGAGGGCCCCGGGGCUGCCCCGGCUCCAGGGCAUGUUGUGAUGGCUGCGGAGAAGAGAAUGCAAGAAUACGGGGUGCUUUGCAUUCAGGAAUACAGAAAAAACAGCAAAGUGGAGUCAAGUACACGUAACAGCUUCAUGGGCUUGAAGGAUCACCUAGGGCAUGACCUCAGCCACCUUUAUGUGGAGAGCUCCGACCCACAGUUAAGUGCAGCUGUACCCUGGUCAGCAGUAGAAAAACCAACUAUGGAUACUGUUCAUGCAGGGAAGGAUGAAAAAGAGGUGUCUGAAGAGAAUGCAAGCUCUGGUGACUCUGAAGAAAACACAAAUUCUGAUCAUGAGUCAGUACAGUUGGGUAGCAUUUCAGUAGAGCCAGGCUUAUUAACUAAGACUCACAGGCAACUCUGCAGGUCUCCCUGUUUAGAGCCUCACAUACUCAAGCGCAAUGAAAUUUUGCAAGACUUUAAACCUGAUGAGUCCCAGACUACAUCCAAGGAAGCAAAGAAACCACCCGAUGUGGUGCGAGAAUACCAAACAAAACUGGAGUUUGCACUUAAGUUAGGUUAUUCUGAAGAACAGGUUCAGCUUGUGCUAAACAAACUUGGUACUGAUGCUUUAAUCAAUGAUAUUUUGGGAGAACUUGUCAAACUUGGAAAUAAAAGUGAGGCUGAUCAAACAGUUAGUACAAUUAACACUGUAACACGGGAAACUUCUUCCCUGGAAUCUCAGAGGUCUGAAUCUCCAAUGCAAGAGAUUGUAACAGAUGAUGGUGAAAAUCUGAGACCAGUAGUUAUUGAUGGCAGCAAUGUGGCAAUGAGCCAUGGAAACAAAGAAGUGUUUUCCUGCAGAGGAAUAAAAUUGGCAGUGGAUUGGUUUUUGGAAAGAGGCCACAAAGAUAUUACAGUUUUUGUUCCUGCUUGGAGGAAAGAGCAAUCCCGACCUGAUGCUCUCAUUACAGAUCAGGAAAUUUUACGUAAAUUAGAGAAGGAGAAAAUCCUGGUGUUCACACCAUCCCGGCGAGUCCAGGGGAGGCGAGUGGUGUGCUACGAUGACAGGUUCAUCGUGAAGCUGGCUUUUGAGUCGGAUGGUAUCAUUGUGUCCAAUGACAACUACAGGGAUUUGGCUAAUGAGAAACCAGAAUGGAAGAAGUUCAUAGAUGAACGAUUAUUAAUGUAUUCAUUUGUCAAUGACAAGUUCAUGCCCCCUGAUGACCCUCUUGGCAGACAUGGCCCCAGUCUGGAUAAUUUUCUGAGGAAGAAACCUAUUGUUCCUGAACACAAAAAGCAGCCUUGUCCAUAUGGAAAGAAGUGUACCUAUGGACACAAGUGCAAAUAUUACCAUCCCGAAAGGGGCAGUCAGCCGCAGCGGUCAGUGGCUGAUGAACUCCGUGCCAUGUCCAGAAAUACGGCAGCCAAAACUGCAAAUGAAGGGGGACUGGUGAAAAGCAACAGUGUUCCUUGUAGCACCAAGGCUGAUAGCACUUCUGAUGUCAAAAGAGGUGCUCCAAAGAGGCAAUCAGAUCCAAGCAUAAGGACUCAAGUCUACCAAGACCUAGAAGAAAAGCUUCCCACCAAAAACAAAUUGGAAACAAGGUCCGUACCUUCCUUAGUUAGCAUCCCAGCUACUUCUGCUGCAAAACCCCAAAGCACUACAUCUUUAAGCAAUGGCCUUCCAUCUGGAGUUCAUUUCCCACCUCAGGAUCAAAGACCACAGGGACAAUAUCCUCCAAUGAUAAUGGCAACCAAAAAUCAUGGAACGCCAAUGCCUUAUGAACAGUAUCCAAAAUGUGACUCGCCUGUUGACAUUGGAUAUUAUUCCAUGCUGAAUGCAUACUCAAAUCUGAGUCUCUCAGGCCCACGAAGCCCUGAAAGGCGUUUCUCCUUAGACACAGAUUAUAGAAUAAGUUCCGUAGCUUCUGACUGCAGCAGUGAAGGGAGCAUGAGCUGUGGGAGCAGUGACUCCUACGUGGGGUACAAUGACCGGUCCUAUGUCAGCUCCCCCGACCCACAGCUAGAGGAGAAUCUGAAGUGUCAACACAUGCACCCUCACAGCCGCCUUAAUUCUCAGCCCUUCCUGCAGAAUUUCCACGACCCCUUAACCAGAGUGCAAAGUUAUAGUCACGAAGAACCAAAGUUCCAUCACAAGCCUCCUCUUCCGCACUUGGCUCUGCACCUGCAGCACCCCGCUGUGGGCGCCCGGUCCAGCUGUCCUGGCGACUACCCCUCUCCUCCAAGUUCAGCACACUCUAAGGCACCACACCUAGGGAGGUCCUUGGUGGCCACGAGAAUAGACAGCAUCUCUGACUCUCGACUUUAUGACAGUUCUCCUUCAAGACAAAGAAAGCCUUAUUCCCGCCAGGAAGGUCUGGGAAGCUGGGAGAGGCCAGGUUAUGGGAUCGACGCCUAUGGGUACCGGCAGACUUACUCGUUGCCCGAUAACUCCACGCAGCCGUGUUAUGAGCAGUUCACCUUCCAGAGCCUCCCUGAGCAGCAGGAUCCAGCCUGGCGGAUCCCGUACUGUGGAAUGCCGCAAGAUCCCCCCAGGUAUCAAGACAACCGAGAAAAGAUUUAUAUCAAUUUGUGCAACAUCUUCCCACCUGACCUUGUGAGAAUUGUCAUGAAAAGGAAUCCCCACAUGACAGACGCCCAGCAGCUCGCUGCAGCCAUUUUAGUGGAGAAAUCCCAGCUGGGUUAUUGAAAGAUGAUGCAUCUUUGUGGUGUUUAGUAGUUUUUUGUUCAGCUCAAAUGCUGAGGGAGGUUUGCUACAAUAGCACAUGUGAUCUCCUUCUCAGCAAGGAGGUUAUAUAGUAUCCAUUUAUGUGAAAUACUGUAUCAUGGAAUCUGUAUGUAUAGCCCCACAUGGUGGAAGUAUCACAGGAUUGCUUUACAUU